GUUAAUAUAUACUUUUGAAUUGAUAAUGUUUUAUCUUCUUAUUCAACUAUUUUCAUAAUCACAUACUUCAAAACUCGAUUUGUCUUGGUUACAAAUUGUCUCCUAUACCUACUGUACCAUUUUAUUCUGUAUUUUAUAUCAGGCUUUUGUUUUUGUUGUAUUUUAGUGGGUUUUUUUCCCUUAAUUUCCAUUAAUCUACUCUCAUUUAUAUACCAUUCUUAAGAACAUGUCUGACUCAAUAGACAGAGUGUUUGAUCAAGCAAUAGAGACUAUAAAAGCUCUCUCUACGAGAUCUGGUUACGGCUCACUACCCAGACCUCCAGUUGAAAGUAGAACUAAAUUAUAUGGUCUUUAUAAACAAGCAACUGAAGGAAACAUCGAUCGAAUGUUGCCAGUAAGACCAGUGGGAACUAGUCCCUAUGAUGAAGCUGCAAAAAGAAAAUGGGAUGCCUGGAAAGACCAAGAAGGAAUCUCAAGAACUGAAGCAAAAAGACGUUAUAUUUCUUUCUUAAUCUUGACUAUGAAAACUUAUGCUUCUGGGACUCAGGAAGCUCGAGAAUUAUUAUCUGAAUUGGAAUUUCUAUGGGAUCAAAUUAAAGAUAUUAUUCCCUCUCCUUCUCCUACAAAUUCUCAAAUUUACGAGAACCCCCAGUCUGUUAAGGACCCUUUUAUUUAUAACUCAAUUUCGAUGUUGGGAUCUGAAAGCAAUUAUAAUCCCCUAUCUUCUAUAAAUAAACAGCAGCCCCAAUCUCAAAUUAAUUUACCAACUAUUUUACAAGCAUCUUUUGAUGAAAAUACAUUACCAAAAUCCUCCUUUCAAAAUCUAUGUUAUACAAACUAUCAACAACACGAUUACCAUCACCCAUCUCAAUUGAGCACUUCAACUUCAAUACGAAAUCUUCCAAAUUACGAAUAUUUUAAAAAUCUUAAAAAAGAUGUUCAUUCCAUUCCAAGUAAUUAUGAUAUGCCCAAUAGAUAUAGAAGUUUAAAUGAUAAUAGCCCAAACUUCAACUUUUUUAAUUUCAAAUUUCCAUUAUUGUCUCCUGGUCAAAAUCCAAAUAAGAAUUCAAAUGAUAAUGCAAUUACUGCUAAUAAUAAUAACAAUAGAAUAAACAAUAGAUCUUUAAUUCAUAAUAAUUUUGAUAAUUCCAGUUCACAUGAAAAUGAAUCUUUUAUAACCAAAAUUCAAAUAAUAAUACCUAAAAUUAAGGAAAUAUUUACUAUGGUUUGUCAUCAAAUUUACAAAAUCUAUUUGCCAGUUUCCAAGUCUUUUUUUAUUGCAACAAUUAUUAUUCUUAUUCUUUGUAAAUAUCUUCAAAAAACUGGUUCAUUGCCUAUAGACAAAAAUUUCAUUGAUAUUCCAUUAACAUUCAAAUCAACAAAGACAAUUGAUAAAUUUUCUAAAAGCAACAUUUAUAAUUUAAUAUUGAAAUUAGUUUUAUUUAUUUUCACAAAUCUUAACAAGUUUCUCAAUUUUAAUAUUAAAACUAUCAGAUUAAUAGUUAAAUAA